CGCGAGAUCUGCGCGUGAACAAAACAAAACCGGGCGGAAAAACAAGAUGGCGUUUAACAAAGAAUACGUUAUUGUGUUGGAAAAUAGUUCUGUGUUCUUAUUCAUUGCGUACAUUAACAAGUAUAUGUUGUUUAAUAGAGUGAACGUCGGUAAUGUGUUUGUGUCGGACACAUUAGUCUAAUACAAGCGCACUUUGCUGCUUCUCAUGCUAGCUCGUUAGCUUAGCUUGUAAGCCGAGCGGGCUGCUAACACAGAGAAGCGGAAUUUAUUAACACAUCGCAGCGAUCAAGUGUGAGUGGAAAGUGUUGCGAUUGCGUGAAAAUGUGUGAGAGAACGAUAGCGGAGUGCGUGAAGGAACUUUCUCCAACGAAGGAGGAGAACGAGCGACAACAUCAACUACUGGACGCCUACUAUAGGAAACAUCAUCAAGUUGUGUUACGAACAGACAUCCCUGAGCAGCAGGAGUGGAACUCCGGUAUGGAGCAGGACGAGCCCCACGCCCCCCGUAUUAAAGAGGAGGAGGAGGAGCCACGGUCCCCUCACAUUACAGAGGAAGAUGAGGCACCACGGCCUUCUAAGUUAAAAAAGAAGCGAUUGAGCCACAACUCCAUUAAAGACGAAGAGGAGGAACACAGCAUCAGUCAUGUUGACGUCACCAAGGUGCCAUUGACCGCUGUGAUUGUGAAGAGAGAAGAUGAUGAGGUCAAAGGAGAAAGCGAGGAAAUGAGAGGGGUGGAGCCUCCAAGCAGCAGCUCAACUCAACACAUGACAACAGACGCUGACGGAGACCACUGUGACAAGCUCUUAGCUCCACUAUCAGAUAGUGACGACACAACGUCACACUCUCCUGACUCUGAUGAUGAAGACUCUGAAGCUGAUAAGACAUGUCACACUGACAACACACACUUUACAUGUUCUAACUGCGGCAAAACCUUUAAAUAUCCCAGUGAUCUGACAAUACACAUGAGAAUACACACUGGAGAAAAGCCUUUCAUGUGCUCAGUUUGUAGUAGAAGUUUCUCUCGGAAGGAACAUUUGAUAAAGCACACACGAAUACACACUGGGGAAAAACCUUUUAUCUGUUCAGAGUGCGACAAAAGCUUUUGUGGCCGAACAAACCUUGUCGUGCACAUGAGAACCCACACCGGAGACAAACCCUUCGCGUGCUCGGUUUGUAGUAAAAGAUUCUCUCUGAAGCAGCAUUUGACAGUACACACUCGAAUACACACCGGUGAAAAACCCUUUUCAUGUUUAAUCUGUGGUAGAGGUUGUAUAAAAAAUAGCGAUUUGAAAAAACACAUGAGAACGCACACUGGUGAAAAACCAUAUUCCUGUACGAGCUGCAACCAUUGCUUUGGCGACCAAUCAGCAUUUUUGAGACACAUUAGAAAACAUACAUUUGAGAAAGUGUAGCGUCGCAGUGUGUGUGAUAAAAUAUUGUCUUAUAAGUACCAGCGUAGGAAACACAAGUGUAAGCGGCGGGAUUUUAAAUUAACGUUCAAAACUUUGUAAACUUUGACUUUCUAACAACAUCCCCACUUAUAACAUGUGUGACAUCAUUGUUGUGUGUGUAACGCAAUCUUGUUAAUAUGUUUCUACCAUUUAUAGAUAGUAUUGUGUUAUUGUUUCAGUUAAGUGCAUGCAUUAAUAUAAGUUUGGUUUCUUCCUGCUCCUUUAUGGACAUGCUGGAAUGUGAAAUUGUAAAUAUGAGACCUAUGCACGGUAACUGUAUGCAUGUUUAAAAUAAACUAUUACCAAUACCAAACAGCAACAGCAUUAAGAUUAUGGUAAAUGGGCUAAAGUUAAGUUAAAGUGUCGUAAGCGUGGUGGAGAGCAGACUGCUGCAAAUGCGUAAUGUGCCGCAAUGUUCGCAUCGAUUAGCUUGCCGUCAUGGAUUGGCCAAAUAUGCCUGAUAAGCACUCCAGCAAAUCAAUAAAAUCAACAAAGCUCACUUUGAUGAAAUCACGCUCAGUAGAAAACAUUUGGUGGACAAAAUGAGACAAAGAAGGAGUGGCAUAGAACAGUGGUUCUCAACCUUUUUUCAGUGAUGUACCCCCUGUGAAUUUUUUUUUAACUCAAGUACCCCUUAAUCAGAGCAAAGCAUUUUUGGUUGAAAAAAAGAGAUAAAGAAGUAAAAUACAGCACUAUGUCAUCAGUUUCUGAUUUAUUCAAUUGUAUAACAGUGCAAAAUAUUGCUCAUUUGUAGUGGUCUUUCUUGAACUAUUUGGAAAAAAAGAUAGGUUUUUAUUUAUAUUUAUAAAGGAUUUUUGAAUUGUUGCUAUUUUUAGAAUAUUUAAAAAAAAUCUCACGUACCCCUUGGCAUACCUUCAAGUACCCCCAGGGGUA